AGCUGUUUACUCAAGGAAAGCCGCUUUUUUUUCAGUGGCUCCCGUGCCUUGACCAAGAAUCGGGUUUCCGGGGUCUGUCGGCCUACCGUCAGCGCCAGAGAUCCUUUGACCCUGCGCCCAUGUCUGGAUGGAGCGGCUCAGCAUCGCGAAGCACCGCAUAGGGGACGCCCUCCGCAGCACUGUGAAUGUCUUUACCAGUGCCAGCGGCGAGAGCAAGUUCUUGGAAAGCGGUACCCUCACGCCAGAGGAGUUUGUUGAGGCAGGCGACCAGCUGACCUUCAAGUUUCCGACGUGGCGAUGGGAGUCAGGGGAGUCAUCACUGCGCGCGAGCUACCUGCCGCAGGACAAGCAGUACCUGAUUACGAGGAAUGUGCCGUGCAGGGACCGAGUGAGAGCGCUUGACUCCGCGCUUGACAAGAUCAAGACCGAGGACGAUUGGCUUCUGCCGCCCGAGAUUUUCCGAAGCCCCGCCGGGGAGCUCCGGGAUGUGGAUGACCUCGCGCCUGAAGGUAAGGAGGAGGCAGGGCCCAGCCUCCGCUUAGAUGCUGACGACGACUUCCUGGGGGGUGGGGGAAGCGGAAGCGGCGGCGGCGGUGGCUACCUCCCGGACUUCAGUGAUUUGGACAAGCAGCUGCAGGAGGACGACUAUCCAGCCGCGGCACCUCUCGUAGUCGCCGAAGUGCCCGACAUAGAUGUUGUCAAGACUCGGACCUAUGACCUGUCCAUCACAUACGACAAGUACUACCGGACGCCCCGGCUUUGGCUCUUUGGCUACAACGAGAUGGGUGAGCCGCUCAAGCCCGAAGAGGUCUAUGAGGACGUGCUCAGCGACUACAAGUCCAAGACGGUCACGGUGGAUCCACAUCCCUUGACGGGAACGCCCACGGUCUCCAUCCAUCCCUGCCAACAUGCGGCGGUGAUGAAGAAGGUGAUACAGGACUGGAUUGAACAAGGCCUGACCCCCAGACACGACCUGGCAUUGUUUGUGUUCUUGAAGUUCAUUUCAAGCGUCGUGCCCACCAUCAACUAUGACUUCACAAUGGAGAUUGAGUUCUGAGCUUGUCAGCAACGCCUUGGCAAGGACUUUCGAUCGGUUGUUUGUUGACUGGUGGGGAGAAGUUCUGGAUUUGGAACAAGUCACAAAAAAC